AAACAGAAAACAACGAGAUUUUUUUGCUUUUUCGAAAAAAGAAAAGGAAAAUAAUUUGAUAAUUUGUCAACGAAAAUAGCAAAAUAUAAUUCAAUCAAAAUUUAUUGUCAUUUCAUUUCGCUGUUUGAAUUGAAAAAUGGCACAUCGUAUUCAUUCAUCGGCAAGACGUUCAUCAUUACCGCAAUUAACAUUUGCAGCAAAUUUCUACAACAAUCCAUUCAUCAAUAAAAAUUUACGGCGACAAUCAUCAGUAUCAAUUGAAACGGAAGAAUGUUUAUCAACAUUAUUGGCGAAAGAAGGGGAAAAUUUAGAUUUGGCCGAAAAUCAAUUGAAACAAUUGGGCGAAAUCAUUAUCCGACCAAGCAAAUUUCAGCUAAUAUUGGAUGUUAUUGAAUUAUCGCCUGAAGAUAUUAAAGUUCGUGCAUUUCGUAAAGGUUUUCUAGUGUCGGCUGCACAUUGCGAAAUAUUAGAGAAUGGGCAAGAAUAUACCACUAAUCAUUUUUAUCGGGAAUAUAUUCUACCGAAAACAAUUUGUCCGGAAAAAGUUUUAGCUUGGAUAACAACUGAAAAUCUACUGUUUGUUGAAGCACCGAAAAAAUUUCCCGAUGUUAUCAUCACUGAUAUGAUUGUUGAAGAUGAUCAUAAUAUUUCCAACGAUGAUGAUGAUGAGGAUGAUGACCAUUUGAUUGAUCAAUUUGAUUAUGAAGAUGAAGCAAUCGAUGUGGAAGUUUUUCGUCAAGUUUGAUUGCUUUUGAAUUGGUCGCCGCUAGAUGGUGCGAUCAUUAACUACCCUCUUUUCUAAAUGAAAAAACCAAAAAUAUUGAUGAUUGGAACAUUUGAUGUAUUUUUUUGUUUUUUAGUGACCAACAAUUUGCUGUAUUGUUCAUUUUUCCCACAAAAUUCGUCAAAUCUCUACAUCAUUGACAGCAUCCAUUCGAUAUUUGAACCGUCGAAAAAUCAUAUAAAUUAUAAU